CAAUAAAACAAAAAGAGCCUAACCAUAGCACUUUGUCAAAGCUUUCUGUUCUCUUUCUUCUUCUACUUCUACUUCUUCUUCUUCUUCAGCUUCUUCCAUGUCUGAUGAGCCAAGAGAUCUCUACUACCAUGACCCAUUCCAUGAUGAUCGACAUGGAAUCAUAGGGAACACUGGUUUUUCCUUCUCUGCCAUUAAUGAUUCCAAAGCUGAUUCUUCCAUGAGAGCUGCUCCUUCCCCUCCCAAUCUACAAGGCUUUGAUCCUCCAUACAUGAGCUUCACCGACUGUCUUAAUGGAUCUCUGGACUAUAAUUCACUCACAACAGCCUUUGGCUUGUCACCUUCAUCCUCAGAAGCAUUUUCUCCCGUUGAAGGCAAUCAUAAGCCAGUCGCAAACCUCGGAGAUUUAGGUGCCAGUGGUGAAAUUGCGGGCACUCCUAACUCCUCCAUCUCUUCCUCUUCUACUGAGGCAGGCGCUGAAGAGGAUUCAAGCAAGAGUAAGAAGGACCGGCAGGCCAAAGUGUCUGAAUUAGACGGAGGGGAUGGCUCUAAGAAAGUGAACAAGCCCAAGAAGAAGGCUGAGAAAAGGCAAAGAGAGCCGCGGUUCGCCUUCAUGACUAAGAGUGAGGUCGAUCAUCUAGAGGAUGGAUAUAGAUGGAGAAAGUAUGGACAGAAGGCUGUCAAGAACAGCCCUUUUCCAAGAAGCUACUAUCGGUGCACUACUCAGAAGUGCACGGUGAAGAAACGAGUGGAGAGAUCCUUCCAGGAUCCAUCGACAGUGAUUACAACAUAUGAAGGCCAGCACAACCAUCAGAUACCGGUAACGCUGCGAGGGAAUGCUGGCGGAAUGCUACCACCUUCUGUGUUAACACCAGGGCAGAUGGGAGGGCCAGGGUUUCCUCAAGAGCUGUUUUUUCAGAUGGCUUCUCCCAUGAACAAUCUCAGUGCUGCAGGCUCUUUCUACCCACAGGGGCUAACCCCUUUUCAGCAGCUGCAGUUUCAUGACUAUGGGCUCUUGCAAGAUGUGGUUCCCUCCAUGAUUCACAAACAGGAGCCAUGAGUCUUUCCAUCUACAUCUCUUUCUCUCUCUUUCUCUCUGAUAGUUUGUACAAACUCUUCCAACUUAAUUUUGUUCUGACUUGUUAGAGUACUAAUAUAUGUUCUUCUGCAAUUAAACCCUAUAUUAUCCUUAAACUUCUUUAGUUAAAUUUGCAAACCAAAGGGAUUGAAUGGUGUAAUGGGAAAAUGAAGUUGACAGUGGCUUCAGACAGUGAAGAGGAUGGAUAAUUCUUUGUGCUUCAAAUGCAGUUCAUUUAGAAGGGAAAAA